GUCGUGAGGAGUCACUGAGAUGUGAACAUAUUCAGUGCCUGGCACGUGAACAUUCAGCAGGAGCUACUGCAUGGGCAUUGGAAUCAGGGAGAACUUGUUUUUGAAUCCCAGUAAAGUGCUUGGUAGAUGUGGCAUUUGGCAAAUGACUGCACCACAAUGAGUUGGUUUUUUCAUUGAUUAAAAUGGGGCUAAUUAUAGUCCUCACUCACGAAGAGGUUGUAAGGCAUCAGCGUGAUGCCUGGCAUUGGUCCUGGUGAAUAGUUAGUGCUUGGUAUGUGAAAUGCUGUUGUUCUGUCUGACUUACUGAAGCCUCUGCAUGCCUUGCUCCUUGAGAGAUGUUGGUUGUAUUGUCUUUGUCCAGUGGUAAAAUCCCGAAGGGAAAAGGGAUCUUAGGAGCCAAGUACAGGGUGAAGUGAUGUCCGUGGUCGUGUUCAUCAUCCUACUCGGGAGUAGAGGAGAGAGCCUCACAUCUGGGGACUUUGGGAAGGCUUCACAAAGCAGGUGGCAGCCAAGCAGAGUGAUGGAGAGCUUGCCAGGAGGACAGGAGGAGCAAGCAUUCCAGGCACAGGCUGCAGGGAGCAGAGUGAAGGCGAGGGAGACAAUGGUCUCUGUAACUAUGGCCACUUCCGAGUGGAUCCAGUUCUUUAAGGAGGCCGGCAUUCCUCCGGGACCUGCUGUCAAUUACGCAGUGAUGUUUGUGGAUAAUAGGAUCCAGAAGAGCAUGCUGCUGGAUCUCAACAAGGAAAUCAUGAAUGAGCUGGGCGUGACUGUGGUGGGCGACAUCAUUGCCAUCCUCAAGCAUGCCAAGGUGGUGCACCGCCAGGACAUGUGCAAAGCUGCCACCGAGUCGGUGCCCUGCAGCCCCAGCCCCCUUCCAGGCGAGAUUCGCCGAGGCGCCUGUAGCGCCGCCUCCCGGAUGAUCACCAACAGCCUGAACCGAGACUCCCCACCCGGCACUCCCCCCAGGCGGCCGGACACCAGCACCUCCAAGAUCUCUGUCACCGUGUCCAACAAGAUGGCAGCAAAGAGUGCCAAGGCUGCCGCCCUGGCCCGCCGGGAGGAGGAGAGCUUGACUGGUCCCACCAAGCGGCGCCGGGUCACGGCCGAGAUGGAGGGGAAGUACAUUAUCAACAUGCCCAAAGGCACCACCCCCCGGACCCGUAAGAUCCUGGAGCAGCAGCAGGCAGCGAAAGGUCUCCACAGGACGUCUGUGUUUGACCGCCUUGGCGCCGAGACCAAGGCAGACACGACGACGGGGAAUAAACCCACAGGAGUCUUCAGCCGCCUGGGGGCCACCCCAGAGAUGGACGAGGAUCUGGCUUGGGACAGUGACAACGACAGCAGCAGCUCUGUCCUGCAGUAUGCCGGGGUCCUGAAGAAGCUAGGCCGGGCCCCAGCCAAAGCCAGUCCCCAGCCCGCACCGACUGUCAAAGCCAAGGCCACAAGCUCGGCGGCAACGGCCGCCGCCCCGACGCUGCGGCGCCUGGCUUUUUCCUCACGACCUGGGCUCGAGAGGAAGCCGGAGUCCCUAUCCAAAGUCAGCAUCAUCCAGAGACUGGGCAAGGCUGCCCUUGUGCCGGAGGCCCAGGACAGCCAGGUCACGAGCACCAAGAGUAAGUCCUCGGCUGAGGUCAAGGUCACCAUUAAGAGGACUCUGGUGGGGCCCCGGGGGAGCAGCUCCAGCGAGGGCCUUGGUGCCCAGAUGGACCACGCGGGCACUGUGAGCGUGUUCAAAAGACUGGGCCGCAGGACCUUCUAGCCCAAGGGCGGGCCGCAGACCCCUCUCCAGACUCCAGGCUCCAUCAGAGUCUUCAGCGAGGGCGCGCUCACGCCUCCCUGCCGGCUGCUGGAUGACACUGCUUGUCUCCCUCAGGCAUUCUGCCAGCCUGAGCUUUCUGGGGAUUCACCCGGUUUUUCUGAGUCUGAGAUGGUCAUUGUGGCCCGGCCUUGCCGCUCUGGGACUUUCCCUUCUCUCCCGUCCUCUGUUCUCUCCUCUCUGACCGUGGCCUUGGCAGGACCCACUUUUCUACCUCUCCAAGUGCCAAGUGCCCUUUUCCCGUCCUCCAUUCCCCAUCCUCCCUCUCAGCAACGUCUGCUGCCUCAAACCCCGGCUCCGGGCCUCCCUGUCCCCCAGGGUGGGUGUCGUCUGAACGGGCUCCCGUAUCCCCCACACCCCUGGCUUCCUCGCUUCCCUCCCUCCUCUGCCCCCUCCCGCCGAUGCUAUGACUUCUCUCUCUCCGUCUCUUCACCCUGUUCAUUUCUUUUCUGUUUUCUGUCCCUGUGGCAAGGCCCGACUGUCCGCUGCGUCCUGCCUGACCCUCCUGCACCUCCGGCCUCCCAGCGGCCCCCUCGUCGGCGGCGGUGGCGUCGAGCCGGUAGAGACUGUUAGCCGCCGUCACUCCUAGGCUGGAGGGACGUCCCCAGACCCCAGGUUGCAGCUGGGGCACCUGCCUGGGCAUCAUUUUCCCUGAAAGUUGGUGGCAGGUGGGGGGUAAGGGGCACUAAGAAGGGAAGCCAGCACCGAGAGAAGAAAACAGCUAUUUUAAUAUAUUUUUGUGACUUUCA